AUGACAAUAUACAGUGAUAUUAUUACUCAUAAUGAUGGUAUUAUUAUCAUUGGUCUUGAAAGUAUUACUAUUAUUGGUCUUGAGGAUAAUGAAGUAAAAGAAUUAAGAAAACACUUUCAAGAAUUCAAAAACAGAAAGGCCCAAACUGAAACUUCUAAUAAAAGCUUAGUGGAACAUGAUAUAAACAUCAUUGAAGAAUCCCUGUUAGUGCAAGAAACAGUACAAAGUACUGACAUAGAACCAGAAACUUCUCAAAAACAAACAGCUAACUUGGAGGAAGAAACACAAAAAGAUAACAUGGCUAUUAAUGAAGAAGCUUUAUCUUCUAAAGAAGGAGACUUAGAGGAUCUUACAGAAAAUAUGUUCGUAGAAGAAAUCAAUACAGAUUUGUGA